CAGCCGCAUAAGAUUGGUUCGAUUUUGACUUGCCGAUCCCGUCAAUCGCCAACUUGACGUGACGGCUUCCCGGGUCCUUUCUAAGGCAAAACCUCGGCUAUCUGGGAUAUCGCCAUACCCUUGUAUAGCGGGCCUGGAACAACCCGAACUCCAGAUGAAGCUUCAAAUCAUUGAUCAAAUUUGGGAAGCCGAAGACCAUCUAUACCCCCCUCCCCCCCCCUGGCCCGGUCAAACAGCUCGACAACCCAGCAAAGAUUCACGCCAGCUGGCUCCUGUACAGCCACGGCUGCCAUGCCAUGAUGAUGCUGCGACCACGACUAUUCGCAAGGCCCGCUGUGAGAGCAUUGGCGGCCUGCCAAAGCUCCCCAGCAGCAUUCAUCCGUCGCUAUGCCGCUGUCCAGACAGGCUCUGAAGCUGUUACCACGACUGUCCCGAGUCCAAGCAGCAGGACAGCCGAGCGGCCCCAAGGUGCAAAGGACAAGCAGUCCACCGUCAUUAUGCGCACCUAUAAGCCGCGGACUCCUGGUCUGAGACAUCUCAAGCGGCCCAUCAACGAUCACCUCUGGAAAGGCAGACCUUUCCUGCCAUUGACUUUCCCCAAGAAGGGUAUGGGCAAGGGUGGUCGUAACCAUCAUGGGCGCAUUACCGUCAGACAUCGUGGUGGUGGUGCGAAGCGGAGGAUACGAACAGUCGACUUUCACCGUUGGAAUCCCGGUCCCCAUACCGUCGAGCGAAUUGAGUACGAUCCAAAUCGCAGUGCCCACAUUGCACUCCUCAAUGAAGAUGCCACUGGCACGAAAUCCUAUAUCAUUGCCCCGGAUGGCACGAGAGCUGGCGAUGUGGUGCAGAGCUAUCGAUCUGGUAUUCCCCAGGACCUGCUCGAUAGUAUGGGUGGUGUGAUCGAUCCUGGUAUUUUGGCUGCGAAGACGGCGCAUCGAGGAAAUUGUCUGCCCCUGCAUUUGAUUCCUGUGGGUACCCCGGUGUACAAUGUUGGUUCACAUCCAAAGGGUGGUGCGGUUUUCUGUCGGAGUGCCGGUACGCAUGCCCUCGUUGAUUCCAAAGAGGAAGAGACGAGAGAAGACGGCAUCCGGGUCUUUACUGGGAAAUACGUCAAUGUGCGGUUGCAAAGUGGUGAAGUCAGAAGAUGUAGCAAGGAUGCAUGUGCUACUAUCGGAGUGGCCAGCAAUCCCCACCAUCAAUACCGGCAGCUGGGUAAAGCUGGUAGAAGUCGCUGGUUGAACAUCAGACCGACUGUGCGUGGUGUGGCCAUGAACAAAGUUGACCAUCCUCACGGUGGUGGCAGAGGUAAAUCCAAGAGUAACCGACACCCCGUCAGUCCCUGGGGACGAACACCGGCAAAAGGUGGCUUCAAGACUCGCAGAAACAACAACCCCAACAAGUGGGUGGUCGUUCCCAAGGUGCGCAACCACGGAAAGAGGAGGGACAAGAAGGGAAAGCAGGCGUAGAUGUGACAUCCAGAAACAUUGGGCUAUGUAUUCUCUCCAUCUGUACAAUAUGCGGCCCUGGCCUCUUGAUCAAGACAUGUGUAUAGAGUUGUAUUAUAACAAAAGGAUACGCAUAGGCGAAUUCUUCUCAUUGGAUUUGCGCAUUGUGUAGUAUAUUGCCACACACGUAACCCC